AUGAGCUUCUCCCUCAGGCACAUACCAUGCCCUGCCGGCAAGAACUGCACCGCCUUCCAGUGCAUCUUCGGCCACGGCGAAGAAGACGCUACCGAGGCCAAAGUUGAGCCAACGCCGCCAGGCUCGUCUCGAGACGCCUCAUCAUCCAUCUCUCGUGACCGCUCCCCUCCCUACCAAGAAGGACCCCGUAAACGCAUCAAAGUAGAACAAAAGAAUAACUCUGCCCCAUCUCAACCACCCUCCAAAGCAAGCUCUUUACACGACAACGCCAGCAAACAUCACACCCUCAGCACCAAGCCUCGCAGUGCCACUCGGUCCGUUUCACCACCACCUCUUCAGCGGAACACAAGAACAGCCGACACAAAGGCGAGGUCGUCUUCUUCAACACCACAAAAGACAGCUGCCACCAAGGAUUCAAAGUCGCCUGUGCCCAUCGGCAAACCCGUGACAAAGGCGGAUUGUGAAUCGACCAAAAGGAGAAAGCCUGAAUCCCUCAAUCCACGACUUCUCAAGAGCUCGCCAGCAAGUCAUGAAACCCGACUGAAACUUCUCAAAAUGUUACACCACGAAUAUGCCCGGCUCAAUCGGGCACUAGAAAUGGCCGCCAUGAAAGCAGGUGAACCCUCGUUUGUCCUGUCCCCGCAGGGUCUGAUUUUCAGAGCGUUGGACGAGGAGGAGGCAACGGCGUUGGAGAAGCCAGCCGUCUAUACGAACGUUAUGAAAAACAAGAUUAUGCAGCACAAGAAGAUGAAUGUGGCUCAAUGGAAGGAGCUACGCGUCAAAGAGGCGCCUCGACCCAAGGAGCAGCAUGGAGGGAAUAUACCGAAAGAGAUUAACACCGGUCUCACGACCGCACAGGAGGUGGAACUGUUGAAGAGGAUCGUUACAAGAGUGGACGAUCUCUCCAAUCACGGCUACGUGUCUUCCGUCCCGGCCGAGGACGUGGUAGAAUCAGCCCGGGCGGGACAGGAGGCCGGCAAGGGAUGGGAGAAGUGCGACCGGUGCCAGCAACGCUUCCAGGUCUUCCCGGGGAGAAGGGCGGAAGACGGGGCGCUUGUGUCCGGGGGCGCAUGCAACUUCCACUGGGGCAAGACGUACGUCCCCGAAAAGGCUCCAGGCGAUACGGCCAGGGUCCCGAAACGAUAUCGGUGCUGUGGACAGGAGGUGGGCGAUUCGGCAGGCUGUGCCACCCACGACAAGCACGUCUUCAAAGCAGGCGACCCCAAGCGGCUGGCGGCGGUGCUCAACUACGCAUCUACACCAGAGAACCCCGGCAUCCCCGAGGACAGGGCUGUCUGCUUCGACUGCGAGAUGGGCUACACCGUCCACGGGAUGGAGCUCAUCCGCCUCACCGCAACGUCGUGGCCUCUGGGCGAGGAGCUCCUCGACGUGUUGGUCCAGCCGGUGGGUGAAAUACUGGAUCUCAACUCUCGCUACUCUGGCGUCUGGCCAGACGACUUGGCAAACGCCAAACCCUGGGUGUCAGACGACGCGGCGCCGCCAAAGUCGGGACCUCGAACUGGUACGGCGAACGAGUCAAACUCCAAGGAUCUCAAGAUAGUCUCCUCCCCGGAAGUUGCUCGCGGUCUCUUAUUCUCGCUGAUAUCCCCGUCGACGCCCCUGAUCGGCCACGGCUUGGAAAACGACCUGAACGCCGUGCGAAUCGUUCACCCUACUCUCAUAGACACGGUGCUGUUGUACCCCCACAAACUCGGCUUACCAUACCGCCAUGGCUUGAAGAUGCUCAUGGAUGUGCACUUGAACAAGAAGAUUCAGCAGGAUACGGGGCCAAAAGUUUUGGGUCACGAUUCUGCAGAGGACGCCAGGGCGGCGGGGGAGCUGGUGCGGUUGAAGGUCAUGAAUGAAUGGAAGGAUAUGCAGAGGGCGGGAUGGACAUUGGUGGGUGGGCAUUUCUGGCCGCCUGGGAAACCGGGCGGGUUGACAGAGGCAUUUAUCGAGAAAUAA